AUGCUUGUCACUCAUAGCUUGGAUGCCAGUAACUAUUAUUCAUGGGCUAGAUCAAUGAAGAGGGCAUUACGCAUCAAAAAUAAACUUGGCUUCAUAGAUGGAAGCCUAUGUGAACCUAUAGAUCCAAAUGAUCCCCUCAUGGAGCAUUGGUUACGCUGCAAUGACAUUGUGAUUACCUGGAUGCAGAAUACCAUGGCUGUAGAUAUUAAGUGCAGCACUGUGUAUGCUGAGACAGCACAUCAACUCUGGCUUGAGCUGGAACAACGCUUUGCUCAACAAAAUGCACCUCGGAUUUUUGAAAUUAAGCAAGCUAUUACCAUGAUAAUGCAAAACCAGAAUGCUGUAAGUGUCUACUUUUCCAAGCUCAAAACUCUUUUGGAUGAACUUUUGAACUAUGAAGUCAUUCCUAGUUGUAGUUGUGGAGGUUUAAAAACUGUUGUUCAAAAUCAGCAGAGGGACUGGGUCAUGAAAUUCCUAAUGGGCCUAAAUGACUCUUACAAAGGAAUCAAAGCUCAAAUCCUUUUAAUAAAACAUUUCCCUAGCCUUAACGAAGUCUACUCUAUAAUACAACAAGAAGAAAAGAUGAGGGAAAUAUCCACAGAAGGACCUGUCCAAGACUCUAUGGCUCUAUUCACUAGAGGCAACCACAAAGAAGGGGGUAAAACCAGCAAUCCCACACAAAAGAGAGAUAAAUACUACUGCACUUUUUGCAAGAUUCCAGGGCACUCACUUGAGAGAUGUUUUAAAACUAACCCAAACAAACCAGUUUGCUCUCACUGUCAGAUUCCAGGUCACACUGCAAAUAAGUGCUUCAAACUCCAUGGAUAUCCAUCAACCCACAAGUCUGAUGGAAAGAGCAGAUUUGUUGUCAACCAAGUUACUACUUCUGCUCCUGCACAAGAAAUGGUGAAUGACAAAUCUCAAGUGUCCUUAAGCCAAAAGCAAUACUCACAGCUUCUAGCUUUGCUCAAACCAAGCACAAAUCCUUCACACUUGAUUUCCUCAGCAAAUAAUGUUCAAAAUAUUAUGGCUUCUUCCUCUGAUGGAGACAUCCAUCAAGUUUCUGGUAUAUCAACAUGUUUAUCUACAUCUUUCAAGUUUUUAAAUGUUUUAGAAAUACCUUGGAUAAUUGAUACGGGGGCGAUAGAUCACAUGAUCUGUUUUGCCUCCCUGUUUUCUACUUCUCAAACCAAAGUUUCCUAUUCUGUUAUCUUACCUAAUGGUGAUGUAGCACCAGUUACUCAAAUAGGUACAGUAAAAAUCACAGACUCCUUAAUUCUCCAUGAUGUUCUGUGUGUUCCCAGUUUUUCUUUUAACUUGAUAUCUACCAAAAGGCUCACUCAAACUCUCAAUUGUUGCUUGAUUUUCUUCUCUCAUUUUUGCUAUAUUCAGGACCUUUUAGUUUGGAAAACGAUUGGCAUGGGUGAGGUUAGGCAGGGGCUGUACCAUAUGCUGCAAGAGGAGGUCUCUUCUUCAACUCUAUUAGAUGUCUUGAUCAAAUUAAAUGUCCCAUCUCCAAUUCCUAUUUCUGCAUCAGUCAUCAAGGAUGACUAA